CUUAUAUCAUCAAUUGUGGACGAUACCUCCCACUGGAAGUAUACCUACCGUUUAUCUGUGGGAUAUAUGGCGCUGAUUAUCAUCUAUCGGAAUGGUCAAAUGCACAACUGAGAAAUGUUAUGGCAUUACUUCAGCAACCACCAGAGAUGCUGCUUCAGGGCUUAUUGCCUAGCGAUAUUUCAAUAAAUGAAGUAAAGCAAGUUCGACCGCCGGGCAUUCAACGUGCAAUCACGGCUAUCAGAGAAGAAAAACUGAAGAGAUGCAAUAAGGUUUUGACGCCAUUUGUCAGACGUAUUUUCAAUUCUGCUUCUCCAAUUGAUUUCUCAGCGGCCGUUGGCGAAUUCAGAAAAUUGGUUGAUGAUGUGAGAAUUAUAACCGACAACAUUAUCAAAUCUAUUCCUCUUCGAGACAAGGACUCGGAAAAUAUGCUUUUCUUCAUCGUGUUAGCCUUUACAAGCGAUUCUGAUAAAAUCGAUUCUGGGAAUGCCUAUACUGAAUUAUCUGCAUGA